AUGCCUGUCACCGCGAAUGCCCGCAAGGCGUAUCGCGCCGAUGCAAAGUCCAACCAUACGCUCUUAAGCGAGCAGGAGAGGGCUCGGUUGAUCCAGGCCCAUUUGCCUCCUAUCAACGAUAGCCCGCCCGUUUCGAAGAAGAACAACCAAAGAAAAUCGCACCUAGGCGUGCGCCGCUUUCUGAAGAAUGCGCUCUUCGUCUUCGUCUUUGCCAUUAUGCAUGGCGUCUUCUCCCUUUACAUCCGUCUCCGACAGGCGUGGAACAUUGUGCGCUACCAAAUAUCAUCCAUUCUGUACUAUCACCAUGGAACUCCAGAAUACAUUCGCCGGGAUGUUGCUGGACUGCCGAAGAAGCCGAAUCACCUCAGUGCUGUUUUGCGCGCCGAGGAGGAUAAGCGACCCAAGGCCGAUCUUGAGCGUCUGAUUGACGAGGCGGCUGAGCUGGCGACUUGGACUGCCUGCGCCGAGAUCCCGAUGCUUUCCAUUUACGAGAAGACUGGAAUUCUCAAGAAUCACAUGCCCCGCGUCUACGAGGCCAUACUCGCCAAAUUCGCACUCUACUUCGGAACAGAACAUCCUUCUCUUUCCGUCACGUCACCGCACCGUGAGGCAGUCUCUACGCCCGCUUCGAUGAGCGCGAAUCCUGCCGGCCAGCUGCGACUUCACCUGAUUUCCGCGCAGGAUGGUCGCGAGUCCGUUGUUGACCUGACCCGAACUCUUGCCGACAUGUCGCAAAAGGGCAAGCUCUCACCUCGCGACAUCUCUAUGGACCUCAUCGAUGCCGAACUAUCAGAAGGCAUCAUGCCUGAGCCGAACCUGUUGAUUCUCUUCAGCCCCUACGUCGAAAUCUCCGGCUACCCCCCGUGGCAAAUUCGUCUCACAGAGAUUUUCUGCCUUCAGGACAACGAGUCUUUUGGCUACCAAGUUUUUGUCAAGGCCCUGCGCAACUUCUCGAAUGCUCAGUUUCGCCGCGGGAAAUAG